CUUAAAACACAUAUUAGUUCCAGGGCUAGUUAUUUGUCCCCCGCAGAUUAUAAAGACAUUAUGCAAUAUCGUGAUAUGAAGUCCAAACCUGUAACUCAGCUAAGUAAAAAAUAUAAUAUAUCAAAUAGUCGCUUAUAUCAAAUUUGGAGAGGACAAGAGUUUAAUAGGAUUCAAUGGAAUGAUUUAGCAGUCACUCCAAGCAUGAAUAUUAUGAAUAAACAGAAUGAGGAGCGCCAAG